AUGGCUAGUGUAAAGAAUGUUGGUGAUGAGUUUUAUGGGGAUAGUUGCUCUCAACCUUUUGAAUCCUUAGAAACUUUGUAUUUUGAGAAUAUGGAAGAAUGGGAGAGCUGGAGCCCUAAUGGGGAGUUCCCACACUUGCGUGAGCUUACUAUUAGAAAUUGUCCCAAGCUGUUGGAGAAUUUACCAAACCACCUUCCCUCACUACAAAGUGUUGUUAUAGAAAGAUGUGAGCAGUUGGUGGUUUCAAUUUCAAGCUUUCCGGAGCUUUGCAAAGUAGAAUUUGAGAAUUCAAGAGGGGUGGUGCGCAAAAGUAAGGUGGACUUCACCUCACUAAACUCUAAGUCUCUUUCAAGAAUUUCGGGCUUUACAUGUCCAAGAGUAGGGUUUAUGAAUGUAAAAUCUCUAAGGAUUACAAAUUGUGAGGAGCUAACGCCUUUCUGGUCAAAUGAAGUGGGAUUACUAAAACCCCUCCCCUGUCUUAGUUAUGUGGAGGUUGAUAACUGUCAAAAACUAGUUUCUUUGGUGGCAGAAGAAGUAAAAGAGCAGCAACAACAGGGUAUGUCAUCCACACGCAAUGACACGAAAUCUUUACCCAAGGCAUUGAUGUACAACAACAAAUGUCUUGAGCAUAUUCUUAUUAAUAAAUGUGAUUCGCUGACACACAUUGCAACAGGCCAACUACCUCCAACUCUAAAACGGCUACAGAUAUGGAAUUGCGAGAAUAUUAUACAAAUUUUGUUGGACAAGAAUGAUACCAACAGUUGCAGUAGCAACACAUCUCUUCUUGAGUACUUGGAAAUUUAUGGUUGUCCAUCCCUCAAAUUCUUAACAUCCAGCAGAGAAUUUCUUGCAACACUUAAACACGUCGAUAUUGAGAAUUGUGGAAUGCUGGAGUCAGUGGCGAAAAGCUUCCAUCGGAACUCUCCUCUCGAAAUAAUUUAUAUUGAGCAUUGUAUAAACCUUGAAUCCUUACUGGACGAAGGAUUGCUCCCAUGCAACCUUAGAGUGCUGAGGAUUUCUGAUUGUGAGAAAAUGCGGGCCCUACCGAACUGCAUACACAGCUUCACCUCUCUUCGAGAAUUGGAGAUAGUAAAAUGUCCAGGUGUGGCAUCCUUUCCGGGAGAAGGCUUUCCCACCAACUUAACAUCACUUGAUAUCAGAGAUUGCAACAUCAAUGAGGCCUUGCUUGAGUGGGGGUUGCAAAAGCUUACCUCUCUUCAACGUCUUCAAUUUGGAGAAUGUCCGCAUCUGGUGUCAUUUCCAGAAAUGACGUUGUCUACCUCUCUAGCCAGCCUCCACAUCAGUAACUUGCCGGAUUUGAAAUACUUAUCUUCCAAAGGCUUUCGAUACCUCUCAUCUCUUAAAACACUAAGAAUUGGUUGGUGCAAAAAGUUGAUGUCCUUUCCAGAUGAUGGUCUGCCUCCCUCACUCUUGCAUCUUCGCAUCUUUUGCUGUGAAAUGUUCACAUCCUUUCCAAAGGAUGGUCUGCCUCCCUUGCUCCAGCAACUUCAUAUUGCAAACUGUCCUCUGCUGAAAGAACACUGCAAGAAAGAUCAAGGACGAGAGUGGUCCAAGAUAGCCCACAUCCCUCGCGUUGAAAUUGAUGAUAGGUUCAUCUAUGACCCAGAACCGGAAGAGCAGAAUCAGCCCAUGGAUCAAUACCGCCUAGAGAUUUUGUUUUAUUAUGCCUAA